AUGGUUCGAAAUGAAGCUAACUCAAGGAGGGUUUACCUGAAUGCCACAUCUUUAACUCGACUACACCAGCUGAGCUACUUGAAUUUGAAUGUAAACGAUUUGGGUGGCGAGCUACCCUUCAAAGAGUUCUCAAAAUUGAGGAAUUUGAAGGAUUUACAUUUGUCUGGAAAUUACUUUCAGGGGCCUAUUCCUAAGGAGACACUCUGGUUGGGCGAUAACCAACUCGAUGGGAGUAUCCCUCCAUUUCUAUGCACCCUGCAAUUUCUAGAGGACCUUGCACUGGACGGGUUCCAUCCUCCAUUAGCUAGGCAGUCGGAAUUGUUGUCCUUAGGUGAUAAUGGUUUAUGGGGUAAUUUCUCAUUCUCCACCUUCUCAAACCUAUCUAAACUCGAAUAUGUUGAUCUUUCCUAUAACACCAAGCUGACCCUUCCUCUCCACUCAAAAGAACUUAAGAGAGCAACAUUCGCGGGCCUAUUCCCCCAUGGUUACUUCAAUCUACACAAACAGAACUAUAUUUGGAUGGGAACCUUGUUUUACCAAAACACACCCUCUAGCCCCCAGUAGUUGGAUAUCUCUGAUAAUCAAAUAAGUGGGGAGAUACCAAAAAACUUCUCCAUCUAUUUUCCAUGUCUCAUGGUAUUAAAAAUCUCUAAUAAUUCUCUUCAUGGGAAUAUUGCUCAUUAUAUCAACAACCUCAAGCAAUUGCUCAUGUUGGAUUUGUCUGCAAAUAAUAUGACAGCUUUACAAUCGAUGCAUCUCGAUGGCAAUGCGUUGAGUGGAACUACACCUGAAAAUCUCUUAUUGCGUAGUCAAUCCCUAAUAGCUCUAGAUAUUGCAAACAAUAACAUGUCAGGAGCCAUUCCAGCACAACUAAAUAAACUAACAAAUUUGCAAGUAUUAAACUUAAGAGGUUAUCAUUUUAUGGGCAGUAUUCCAUUUACUUUAUGUCAACUACAAGACCUGGCCAUUCUGAACCUUGCUCAAAAUAACCUUCAUGGUCCCAUACCACCUUGCUUUCAUAAUAUUUCUGCAUUAUCGGCUGUGUUCAGUACUCUUGGUGUUAACUCAUCUGUUAUCGCCAGUCCUAAUAACACCAUAUCAAUAUUAAUUGGUGAAGAAGGAGAGGUGAAAUUUACCAAGGGCCGUAUGUACAGUUUUACUGGGGAUGCUCUUAUAUACAUGACUGGAUUGGAUUUGUCUGGCAAAAAAUUAAGUUGCCCAUUUCCACCAGACAUGGGGCCAUUGAAAGCACUCAAGAUGUUAAAUCUCUCCAACGACUGUCUAACGGGGCCACUCCCCAACUCCUCUCACAAUGAGCUCUCGGGUCAAAUACCUCCUCAACUAGAAAAACUCGCCCGCUUGUCCAUGUUCUCCGUCGCGAAUAACAAUCUAUUAGAUUGGAUACCAAGUGGGACACAAUUUUGCACAUUCAAUGAGAGUUCUUGCGGUGGCAACCCUGGACUGUAUUCUCUCCAAGGAGUGGGAUGCUCCAACGCCAUAUCUCACAAUACCUCAAGCACAUUAAAUAAUAAUGAGGGAGAAGAUGGAGAUGAGAGAGAAGGAUGGGCGGAUACAAGUCCCAUGUUUUAUGCUUGUGUUGGUUUGGGCUAUGUUAUUGGUUUGUGGAGAACAAUUAUACUUCUCUUUGUCAACAGGAGAUGGGGACUUGCUUGUGUAAGAUCCAUGGACACAAUACUCGUCCGCAUCAUUCCUUCAUGCUUUAAGCAAAAGCUUGUCUAA